CUGAGUCCUGUGCUGAGCCCUGUGCUGAGUCCUGCGACGUUGAGAGACCUUUUAUUUUCCCCCACACUCGCUCACGCCCCCCACUGCUCCACACCAUGCCCACACUGCCUGAGGAAGAGGAGGAUUCCCCCGAGGAGCUGGACAGUUCAUCCAGCUCUCCCAGUACAUCUACACCGGGCAAAAGUCAAGCUAUCGUCAUGACUGCCCCCACCAUCGUCUACCCACAGCAGGCCAUUAUUGUCCAACAAGAUGGACGUCCUCUGGAGCAGACCAGGCCACACAGUCCCAGAGCUCGCCUGGCCAGAAACUCCUCUGGAGGACCCAUCACCACUGUCGACAGCACAGGUAAUGUGAUUGACCUGCUGAAAGAUCAGCUGCCGGAGCUGCAGCUCUCUGAGGAGGAUCGACAGACGAACCUGGAUCUGCUCCAACAGGCCAAGAAGGUCAGCGACCGUUUCCUGACACGCCGCGGCCGCCGCUCCCUCACUGACUCACCCACAGGUCUUUCUCCAACUCUAACUCCGUCAUCCUCACCGUGUUCAUCUAGAAGCAGCUCACUGAUUGUUGCUCCUCAAAUUGCUGGAGGACCCACAGAGGCAACCUAUGUCAACUCACAGUUGGUUGGUCAGCAUCUGGAAGUUCCUUCAGUGCGAGAUCAGCCUGACUUGACGACACAGGAUCAAGAGGGCAACAGACUGUUGGUGGACUGGAGGCCCUCUGAGAAGAGGAAAGUGUCCUCUGGGACGCUAACGCCCCGUUUUGCUGUUCAGAAGGAGAACUGUGAUCCUGCUGUACCUAAAAGUCCUCCAGCAGUCGGUAAAGCAGAUGAGGGACCUGGUCCAGGUCGAAACCUCAACCAGGCCCCGGCCACAGGGGUGGCCAAGCCCGUCCCUCGACCCCCUACUCAACAGGCCCCCUGUACAGCAGAGAUCAAGACGAUCGGGGCCUUCCCUCCGCUUAUGAGGGCUGUUUCCUGGGAUACUGUAGGCACCCUCAAUUCUAGAAAUGGCGCCCCAAGUUUCCCUCCUACAGCGGAGGAUACCCUCUCAGACAAGCCCAGGGAUGCUGCCUUCAAGUCCUCGGGCUACAAAGACCUCCCCACUCAGCAGGGAGGUGUACAGAAACUGUCUAAAUUCAGAGAGGAGCACAAGCUGAUGCGUAACCAAAGCAUAGUGGGAUCCAAGUUACCGGACUUGAGUGAAGCUGCUGAACAGGAAAGAGGAGCUCCACCUUCUCCAAACUCAGCCAGCAGUGAGGAGGCAAAGGAGAAGUUCGACUCCAUGCCAAACAUUUCAGAUGUGAUGCUGAGAAAACUCAAACUCCACCGAGGUCUACCAGGCUGUGCACCCCCUCUCACUGAAAAAGAAGUUGAGAACGCAUUUGUCCAGCUGUCACUGGCAUAUCGUAAUGACAACUACACUCUGGAGAUGCGGCUCAAACAGUCAGAGAGGGAGAGGAACCUGACUGAGGAAGACACAGAGAAAGAACUGGAGGAGUUCAAAGGAGCACUGAAGAUGACUUCGCCACAGUGGCAGAAUUUGGAGCAGCGUGAGGCCUACCAGCGCCUCAUAGAGACUGUGGCGGUGCUGCACCGGCUGGCCACACGACUCUCCAGCAGAUCAGAGAUCGUCGGAGCAGUUCGACAGGAGAAACGUAUGAACAAGGCCACCGAGGUUAUGAUGCAAUAUGUGGAAAAUCUGAAAAGGACGUAUGAGAAGGACCACGCAGAGCUGAUGGAGUUCAAGAAGCUGGCCAACCAGAAUUCAAAUCGCAGUUACGGAGGGUCCGUAGAUGCUGGAGAUGAUGGAGUUCCACGGCCAUCAAGAUCGAUGUCCCUCACCCUGGGAAAGGCUCUGCCCAGACGUAGGGUGAGCGUAGCAGUGGUGCCUAAAUUUAACCUCCUGAACAUCCCAGGUCAGACUCCAGCCAUAGCCGGCCCGGGCCCCAGCAUAGGACUGACCGCUGGUGCUGCUCUUCCUGUCCUGUGUGAAGCGAAUGAUGUGAAAAGCAACGCUGCCACAGAGAAAGCCCAACCAGCAGCAGAAUGUGGAAAGAGCGUGUCGGAGCAGGAAAGCGUGCCAGCCAAACCUCCACUCAACUUGGAAGAGAUCAGAGCAGAGAUCAGAGCCGAGCUCAAGGCAAAGAUCGAGGAGGAGUCGUAUAAUAAAGGCUUCCAAGAAGGACAGAAGCAAAUCAAAGUGCUCCAGGAGGAGAAGCAGAAAGAGGAAGACGCUGCAGAGAAAUUGCUUGAAUCGAAUAAGGAUGAAGAGAGCGGAAAGAAGAGAAGGACAAGCAGGAGGAUGGAGGAGGUCCUGGUUCUUCUUGGUCGGUUUUGUCCCAAGAUUCCCUUGAGUCGACGAAUUCUCUGGAUCGCCCUGACACUGUUUGUGGUGAUGUGUCUGGUUAUCAGUAUUUUUACAUUCUUCAGUGGCUACUACAACAGACGAGAGGACACGUAAGCAGAGGUGGGCUUUUGUGCGAGGCGAGAUGAAGAUCUUCGGACAACCAAAGAACCCCCAGUACAGAAUAACUGAGGCAGUGGUCCUCUGUCUCUGCCAGUUUACCAUAUCGCCACACUCGGACUCACUUGAAUCCAUGACCCUGACUCUCGAGGGCCAAAGACGUUUUGGGAGGCUUAGUGUUAACAGUUAAUUUUUAUUAAGUUAUAAUUGUGUUUGGAUUGAAAAAUUUACAGAUUGUUUGCUGCAGUGAGAAAAAAGAUAAUUUCUGUUUAGGGACCAAUUAUGUAGUGAGAU